UUACGCCGUGGACCACCACCUCCGCCGCCGCGAACAACGAAUUCAAAAAGCGGCUGGGCCUUCGCCCGAGUUUCGCCGUUCUCGCGUCUGAGAAUUCGAGUCAUUGGUGGAUUACACAAUGGUGAAGUUGAACGCGAGUGUUCACCCCAAUUUGUCCGAGACGGUGACGGAGAACCUGAGACGAAAAAAUGUGGCUACUACCGUCGACUUCGUCGCAGCGGACUCGGUUGAGUUGACAAUAACCACCGGUUUUUCGCACACGGAAAUAUUGCAAAUAAAGCAACACAUAUUGAAGGAAUUUGGAUAUACAAAGAAGAAUGCGCUCGAACUUUUCAUAGCAGAGAAGAAGGAUGUGAUACCAACUGGUGUGACAUGCUUGGAUGAUUUGCUGAAAGGUGGCUUGUGUCCUGGAUAUUUGUGUGAGCUAUGUGGCUCAUCAUCUUCUGGAAAGACUCAAUUGUGUCUGACGAUAGUUGCCAAUGCUGCUGCCACUCAAUCAGACAUUGUCGCAUGGUACUUUGAUACUAAAAAGGACUUCUCUAGGUUGAGAUAUGAAGAGAUACUGGAAGCUAGGAAUUUCGGACAGGAGAUCAUAAAGGAGGCAUUGCAACGUACAAAAGUUUGCUAUGUGCAUUCGUUCAGUGAAUUAAUGCAAGAUUUACGGCAGUUAUUGACUCUGUACAAAACAGAACAGUAUUCAUUGAAAGAAAAGAGGUUUCUCGUGAUCAUCGACUCUUUACCAGCGAUCAUCUUUGAGACGCGGCAAAUGCGCCAAAAGACCUACGAGUCGGUCUACCAGCUGGACGAGUUGGCGGAGGUGUGUCGGUUCCUCACAUUCGAGUGCCGGGCGGCCGUGGUCACGGUGAACGCGAUCAGCCGUUGGAAUUCCACGAACGAGGCGGAGCCUAUGGAAGUGACGCCGGCGUUGGGCAAAUACUGGAUUCCUAUACCAGCCACGAGACUGUUGCUGGCGAGACAACGGCAAAGCGAGGCCAGAAAGAUCACUGUCUUGAGGGAUCCACGAGUGAAGUGGAAGGACUCAUGUACCGUGGUCGUGAGCGACGCCGGUGUAACGUCGAGAUAAGCCACAGAGGACGAUAACAUCUCGAUGGAUGUCGCAAUGCACAAAUACGUAGCUAGUGAAUAUCAGGGACUCGGUGUGAAGAAGUAUUUCAGAUACAAAGUCUUACAGUUAUGUUGAUCUAAUCUGGACACGGCAUUCUUACAAUUAUGUCAGCUCGUAAUUGUCAGAAACGAGGUCUUCACGAGGUAAAUUCAUACGUUGGAAGGAAGAACAGGCAAUUUAGAAGCCUUCCCGCAGUCAUCAGUGCGCAACAAAUUUACAUUGUGGUGAAUAACUCCUUAUCACAACUCUUUAUCUCUAAGAGUUAUUAUUAUUUGUAGAAAAAGAAUUAUUUUUAUAUAUAUUUAAUAAAUUGAUAAUAUAUCUUGGGUGAUAACCGAUUUGGUUAACGGCUUUAAAGCUUCUGAGUAACGACCAUGUUAACUUUUUCCUAAGAGCGGAAACGUGAAAGGUGGAAAGUUUCGCGCGAAUUUUGCGACUCUUUAGUGAUCAUGUAACUUUUCGAACAAAAUAGAAAUGUGAAACUCGUCA